AUCACCGUAUAAUAUGGGUUGCUAACCACAAUAUAUAAAAAAUUAAAAACAAAAGUUUUUCUUUUUUUUUGGUUUUUAAAUAUUACCAAAAAUUAAAAAUAAUAUACAUCUACAAGACUACAACAAUGAUCUUCUUUAUUAUAAAGCCAAACCACAACAUUUUCAACCUCUUCCCAAAAAAAAGUGUAGAAGCAGAAGAAGCCCAUCAUCAUUAUGAUGAACUCUUCUCUUCUAACUCCUUCUUCUUCAUCUUCUUCCCAUAUCCAAACUCCAUCUACGACUUUUGACCACGAAGACUUCCUCGAUCAAAUCUUUUCCUCCUCCCCGUGGCCCUCCGUCGUAGACGAUGCUCAUCCUCCUCCCUCCGAUGGCUUCCACGGCCACGACGUCGACUCAAGAAAUCAACAGAUCAUGAUGAUGCCUUUGAAUGAUGGCUCCUCCGUCCACGCUCUUUAUAAUAGCUUCUCCGCCUCCGGAUCUCUUCCUAACUUCCAUAUCCCUCAGGGAUCGGGAGGAGGGUUGAUGAACCAACAAGGACAAACGCAAACGCAAACGCAACCGCAGGCGAGCGCGUCUACAGCUACUGGUGGUACGGUGGCGGUUCCGCCGCAGAGUAGGACUAAAGUUCGAGCUAGGAGAGGUCAAGCAACUGAUCCUCAUAGUAUCGCCGAAAGGUUACGAAGAGAGAGAAUUGCGGAAAGAAUGAAAGCUCUUCAAGAACUCGUUCCUAACGGCAAUAAGACAGACAAGGCAUCGAUGCUCGAUGAGAUUAUAGAUUAUGUCAAGUUUUUACAACUUCAAGUCAAGGUACUGAGCAUGAGCAGAUUGGGAGGUGCUGCUUCCGUUUCUUCUCAACUCUCCGAGGCUGGUGGAUCCCACGGGAACGCAUCCUCCGCCAUGGCCGGCGGUAGCCAGACGGCCGGAAACUCCAACGACAGCAUUACAAUGACGGAACAUCAAGUGGCGAAGCUAAUGGAAGAAGACAUGGGCUCGGCCAUGCAAUACCUUCAAGGGAAAGGUCUUUGUCUCAUGCCAAUCUCUUUAGCCACCGCCAUCUCAACCGCCACGUGUCACUCUCGUAACCCUUUGAUCCCUGGACCUGUCGCGGACGUCGGAGGUCCUUCCUCUCCCAAUCUUUCCGGUAUGACCAUACAGUCGACGAAUACAACGACAAUGGGUAACGGUAAUGGGAAGUUAAAUGGUAACGGUAACGGCGUGACCAAGGGGUCUUCGUCGAUCGCCGUUAAAGAGGCUGUAUCCGUUUCGAAACCGUGAUAACGGCCGUUUACUUUUGGGAUUAGGCAAAGAGAUACCAAAAACAAAGAGAAAGUGGGGUGAAGUGGGAGAUAAAGUCAAAGUCUACGAAGAAUGAGGUUGAGGUUGUUUGAUGUGUUCUCUGAACGAAGCCGUAUUUUUCGUAGAGUUUUGGUUCUUUUACCUACUACUACAAAACCACUCAAAGGGACAUUUCCUUUUCUUUUUUUUAAAUAUAUGGUUGCAAUGUUUUAUUUUCGAUAUAAUAAAGUUGGUUUCUUUUAUCUGAA